GCAUGUCCGAAGAACCAACAGAAGGGCUGGCAGAGUGCCCAACUGAAUUGGAGAUCCAAGAGGUCAGACUUGAAGAGCAGCGGAACGCACUACCUAACGAUGAUGGCAGUCCAACGCCACGUGUGCUUAUGAAGGUGGACAAAGCGGUUAGUACGAACGACACGCUCGAAGAUCUGCAGCGAGCGCUUACCUACGAGGUAAUAUUCAGCACGCUACUGCAGAAGAAAGUGAUGGCCAUCAAGCGAGAGUGUGAGGAGCGUAAGCGUGCCAAACGCAUGAAACGCAAGUCCAUUGGACGCAUAUUUUUUAGUCGCAAACUUUUCGGUGGCUCACGUAAGUUGCGCGGCGAUAGCGAACCCGAUGUUUACAUGCGUGGCGAGUWUGACGCAAUGAUGGCGCCACCAACUGGCUUACGUAGCACAAAGACUGCAACAAAGCGAACAAGCGAUAGUGGCGKCAGAAAGAAUGGCGAUGAAAUCGAGGUAUUCUCAACCUCGGCCUCGGCUUCGWACGGUAGUCAUCGCUCGCAGUUGACACGUGCCACGCUAACGAAGACGCAGAAAGUUAAAACGCAAUUGACUACUGCACACGGUGCUGCGRGCGGACAGCCGGCUGACGAUAGCGUAGCUAGCACGCUGAGCAAUUCUUCGGAGAAGAAUGAUGUAAGCGGUACCGGCGCUGUUGGUGGACAGACUAUGGUAAGGCGCAGCUUGUUGGUACGCGCACAAACGCACACACCCGCUGAGGUGAUGACUUCGAGCUCGGGCUCCGGCGACUCACGUGCUGCCMCACAUAGACGUUCGGUCUCGGUCAUUAAUGGUAACGGCAAUAGUAUUGGUAAUGGUGGCAAUGGUGGUUUACCCGUUUCGCUGUUGGAGYGCACCUAUGAUACCACUUCAUUGGCCAGUGGUUAUGAGAAUGGCACCGGCGCACGCUUGCAUACGUCAACRAUGGCCGACGAUAGCUUGACUUCGCUACGCGACAGCAUCGAGAGUUUAUCGUUCGGCAGCUCGCGUUGUACGGUAAGUUUUGGCGGCGCCGAGAUCAUACCRGACGAAACUGCCUCACUCAUUUACGAACGUGCACGACUGGCAAAACGCCUGCGUAUACUCGAAGCCAAAUCGAUUAGUGCACAAUGCAGCCCCGUACUGCCACGACAYUUGAUCGCCACGUUACCGGCACCAGCAACGGAGCCAAUGCCAAUGCCACCACUGACACAGACGACAGUUAGCAUUGACAAUGCCAUGCAGGCCGCAACCACUACGAAGCAUAUAAUUACGCCCACCACUGCCGUUCCUUACACCGCAGCGCCCAGAGCUGGCGCGUACACYAACGUUGUCGGUAGCGAAAUCACAACAGUCCCCACCAGCAAUAAGAUUACCCAAACGAAACAGCACAUCUUUCGCCAUCAAGUGUCUUAUACGGACAGCACUUACGGCGGUGCGGGUGACUUCGGCGACAUGUCCGCCUACUCACGUUACAUUUCGCGUCAGAAUACCUCGGAGGAGAGCGCCAAUUUGACCGUUAGCACUUUGUUGAAUCAAAGCGACUCUCUGUCGCUACACGCACCCAUCUGCUCGCCAACCGCAGCAGGCGGCAUCGGUGCUCCCGGUGGUGGUGGUGUUGGUGCCUUCAUGCUGGGCGAUCGUUUCAAAUCGAAAAGCACAAGUCUGUUAGUAGUCGGUGGCAUGGGACGCAAUCGUUUGCUGCCAACACCACAAAUAGUGCAACAAGCGCUUUUUGUGCCCGCAACGGCAGSUGAUGGCGCCGGCGCAGUGAGCGGGACAUUGCCGUGUAAUAUUAGUCAUAGYGAUCAAUUAGUAGAUAGUUUCAAUACAAAUAAAUUCACUGCGUCUGGCUACGCSGCGCCAGUUGCACAAUAUAACGCACAAAAUCAAUUGCCCGCACACCGCACCACAAUUAACGGCAACACUGCUGCUACUAAGCCUUCUAUGCCAGCUACUACGGUGUACCAGGCUACCACGGCUGCUGGCAUUACGGAAAGCACMACGGCUGUUGUGCCGCUGAACGGUUCGCGCGUGCGCAAUGGCAAUGCCAAUGGAGUUAUUGUAGGCGGCGCGGCGUUACCUGCUGAUACGGCCAGGCUGAACCGCAUGACUUCGACAUCGACUGGUUCCAGUGUGGCGCCGACUGGCUGCUGCACUACAACGAAGUCUUCAUCGCGCGGCCGCGAGAAGAACAAACAGCGCUACAAGCCGAGCUGGCCKUCAGGGCAGAGCGGCAGUGACGAUGAAUAUCGAAAGCGCAAACGGAAAUACAAACGUUACCACAGAUGUUCAGAUCCAGUUUUGGUUUAUCCGACACCAAGCGGAUUGCAACACUGCAUACUUAGUAUGCCGCCGAAUGAGCCACUCCAAUUUCAGUACAAUGACAACUUCCCUUACGAUAUGCAAAUCCAAACGGAGUCCGAUAAAAAUGACGACCUUGAAGAAAUAGUUCCAAGCAGCCAUCGCCGACAUCGAAAACAUCGCCAUCAUCGCCACAAAAAGCGACGUCGACAUAAAAAACCAAAAAUCCUCGUGCAGGAUCUGGAAACGCGCAUUGUCAAGGUSGUCGAUCCCGAUGACCUGUCGCAGCGGGCGCGCUGCACAAUCGUUGUGACAGCGUGUCUGCUGCUGGUCAUGUGCCUCAUGUUGGUCGGCGUGACGUUGCGCAUGGCGCCCCUCAUCGAUGACAUGGGUAAGUGCGAAAGCUACAAAAACUUUAGGCAAAAUAUUAAUCCUUUAACAGGAACUUACUAA